AUGCGGUUCUCAAUCCUAUCCUUGGUGGCCAUUGGCCUGCGGUACAUCAAUGCUCAGACGUACACUGGCCCAGAAGACUCUCGCAUCGAAACAGCAUUGACUCUGGAUGUACCCACCAACGGAGUCAGUACAACUCCAUCUGGACGAUUAUUCCUUGUCCUGUCUCGAGUAGAUGGUUCCAAAGGUCCCCAAGUAGUGGAAUACAAUCGCACCACAAGCACAAUGACAGCUUACCCGAACGAAGAAUGGAACUCCUAUGCCGAUGGGAAAGAUCCUGGCAGCCAUCUCGUACGUAUCAAUAGUCAACGGAUAGGUCCGGAUGGAAAGCUCUACUUAGUCGAUGUCGGCUCGCCAUCCUUCGGAGAACCAGUCAUCUUCCCUCAUGGCCCUAAGCUGGUUCAGGUUGAUGUUGAGAAGAACGAGGUCUCACGGAUCUUUUGGAUGGCCAACGCCACACGGUACAACUCUUUGCUCGAUGACGUUCGCUUCAACCCUGCGACUGGGAAGGCAUACCUCACCGAUGCGGGAAGCCCAGGGUUGAUCGUGCUAGAUUUGGCAUCUGGCGAUUCACGAAGAGUCCUUGAAUCCUAUCCAGGCAUUACUCAAGGCGCGACACCUAUGUCAGCCGAAGGUCAAUAUAUUGUCCAAUCUGCAAAUGGAGAAUCACUGUUCAUCCAUGCCGACCAACUCGAAGUCUCGCCUGACGGGAAAUGGCUUUACUUUCAGCCCGCGAAUGGCGGAAUGUCGAAGAUCGAGACAAGUUGGUUGAACCAAGCAUUCUACAACACCUCGCUCGCCGGCGAUGUCUUGAAAUCCUAUGUCCAAGUGCAUUCCUUGACACCUCCAACUAGUGGCACGGCAAUUGAUGCCGAUGGAUGUGUUUAUGUUUCUGACACUGACAGUCAGCGCAUCAUCAAGCUCGAUCCUAGCGGGAAGAAGGAAUUGGUAGUUCAAGAUCCGAGACUGUUGUGGGUUGAUGCGAUGUGGAUUGAUUCUGAGAAGAAGUUGUGGAUGCCUGCUGCGCAAUUGAAUCGUGGAAUCCCGUUUGGCAAUGGCAAGCUCAAUAUCACUAAGCCGCUGCAUACUUUCACGAUAGACAUCGGUGUUGGGCCUAGUUUGAUAGAUCAUGCAUAG